CGACAAUUUUACCAGAAGUACAAUAAUUUCAACCUGUGUAGUACGAUAAUAUGACCAAAACAAUCUGGCAACGCUGGCCCCGCAGUCAGUGUUUGGUGCUUGUCUAGUGGUGGGUGUGACGGAGGGAGCUGUGCCUGACAGGCUGGUCAAGUUUUAAAGAUGUCUUCUCAUAAGUUUGAGCUGCUGGAUGAGGAGGUGGAGGGUAUCAUGGACCAAGUUACAGAUAAAUUACAAUUUGGCGCACCACAGUGUAAAAGUCAUGAGGAGCGUAGAACAUUGUUGUCAGAAGUUGAGAGACUUCUGAAGGAUGCUAAUGAUUCACUUGUGGAGAUGGAUAUUGAAGUUAGAAAAGCUCCAGAAGACUAUAAGACAACAAUGAAUAGUAAAAUACACCGAUACCAGAAUGAGUUGAUAAGGCACCAUCGUCAGCUUGAGCAGGAACGACUGACACUCUCUCACAUGGGUGGUGGUGGUAGAUCACCUCUCUUUGCUACUGACCCCAAUAGUAUUGAUGCAGCCAUUAGAAAACAGGUUCAGCAAGGAACUGCAGUUCUUGAGCGGACAUCAGCAAGCAUAGCACGAUCCACUGCCAUAGCUGUGGAAACAGAGCAGGUUGGCACAGGGGUCUUGGGAGAACUUAACACCCAGAGGGAUACACUCACACGCACAAGGGACAGGCUGAUAGAUACAGAAGGGGAAUUGACUAGAAGUAAGAGAAUUAUUCGAACAUUAUCCCAUAAUGUCUUGUAUAACAAGAUACUGUUGGUUAUCAUCAUCUUAUUGGAAUGUGCAAUUUUAGCUGCUGUUAUUUACUGGAAAUUCUUCAUGAAAUGAAUCUAUAAAGACAGUGUGAAAUUUCAAGUUAUCCCUUGCCCUGGGACUAAAAUGGUAUGGUGUUUAAUUUAUCUUUGAGAAGUGGGUGGUGUUGUUGGUGUGGAUGUAGGCAUGUUUUUUGGUAUGGAUUGUUUUGGCUGACUGUUUGCUGAGAUGUUGGCCAAAUAAAUAGAGACCUCAGGAGUGGAUAAUAUUUAUCACUCAAUUCCAUUCUAGCUUUGAUUUGUAAGUAAAUACAUAAAGUUACAUAUUUAUGUCUUGAAUAUUACUUAGACUAUAAGUUGUCCUAUGAAUAUCUACCAUGAUGCCAGUCUCUUUAAGAAAGUAGUUAUGGUAGAAGUCUCCACCCAUUCCUGUUCAUCUGAUUCAUCUUUGUAUUUGUACUGUCUCAUAUUCCCCACCUUCUAUAUUCUCUCACAUUUUUAAAGUACUCUUCUCUUCAUGUGAUACUGCAUUUGAUCACAUUCACCAUGCUGCAAAUAAUUGCUGCUCUGUAGAAGGUAUAUAUCAAGCUGUUUGUUUCUAUUUUUUGUUUGAAUUCUAGUACUAGUCAGAUGAUCAUAACUAUGUUUUCAUAUUUUGAUUAUCAUAGAUUUUCUAAUUUCCCUUCUGUAUAAAUUUCCUUACUUUCCAUAGUAACUGAUUUAUCAACAUGUAAUAUAUAAUCAACUAACAGUAAUACAGACAAUGUCUGUGUAUAGUAUUUUUAUACAGUACUCCUGUUAUAAAAUAUGUAUGUUAACUCAACAUAUGUGCUGUGAUUUUUCUAUAAUACAAAUAUUACAUUAAUUGGAGUUUUACAUCACAACAAUCUCCUGGCAGGAAGUUAAGAGAAAUAGGGCAGAAUUGUAUGUAAAAGUAAGGAUAAAUAGUUUGAGUGAAUGAAUCGGGAAAGUUGUGGGGAGGAAUUAAAAAGUAUGUUCAGAUGUAGACUGCUCAGAGCAAAUGCAAAGAGAAGCAUGUAUGUAUGAUGGAAUAUGGAACUGGGGAGUAGGGGAAAAGGAGUUUAAAUUUACUAGAAAUGAGGUGUCUGAGCAAUGAAUGAGGAUGAGAUAGUGAAAAUUAUAGAUACAAUGGUGCCUCAGUAUAUGUUUGCUUUGGAAUAAGUCCAACUUGGUAUAUGUCCUGUUUGGACAUGAAAAAAUUUGCUUGGUAUAUGACCUUUGUUUGGAAUACAACUUGCGUGCUAGAACUUGUAUAGGUCAAAAUGAGUCAUGACACUGCAUGCUACCCUUGUUUACCUCUCUCAAGACAAAGUCAUGACUGCCCAUGAGCAGUGUUGCCCGAUUGGUGGGACUCUCCUUCCAAACAAUAAUAUCUCCCCCCUUCUCAGCACCAUCCUAGAAAGCACUCAAUUCUUCUCAGCAAGGUAAAAUGAGAUUAAAUUUUCACUUACACAGGAUGUCUGAGUUACGAGGUAAUGACUUAUGAGUGUUCAGAGAUACAAGCAGUCUACACAAAAUGAAUUUGUGCUCUCAGUAUUGUUCCCUUUGCUAACCCAGAGUUCAAAUUUGGUGCUAUGUACCAUAUUUACCUAGUAUGCCGUCUUGCCACUAUCCAUGCAGCGCAGCAGCACAGCAAAGGACUGCCUACCGCCCCAGGACACAGGCCCUGUAGCAGUUUAUUUUGAGAUGCUAGUUUAAACAGUUUAUUUCGAGAUGCUAAUUUAAAAUUUUAAUUUAAUUUAAAAACUUAUUGUACUGCACCACAGUGAGUCUGGUUUGAGAUUCCAUGGUGUACAGACCUCCGCCAGUCGGUCUUUGAGAGGCACAGAGACAGGAGGGUUGCACUGCAUGGUGUAGAAAGCCUGCUCCAUUAUAUUAAGUCCAUGAACAUGCAAACAAACCUGUCUUAUGCUUUCAACUGGCCAUCUUAAUAAAUUAUAUGAAUAAAAGCAUUUUUAACCUGA